UGCUUACCGGUGCGCACAUUUUACCGUCAGGUUUGUUUUGAUAGAUCACAGACUUUGUGUGGGAAAAGGCGUACGUUAUAAAUGAGACCCCAGAGCACGACUCCUUCAGAAAAAGUUCCCUCAGCUUCCCCGCCUCAAUGGCAGAGUGUAGUAAAUGUCUCUUCCCCUCCUAAAGACAAAGCAGAUGAAAACAGGUCUUCUGAACCUGAGGCCAAUCAAAGCCCAAACCAGGAAUGUUUUCUUGUCACCGAGCAGACGGAGAGAAGCCCCCGCUCCCGUGAGCAGGAGAAACCUCUGCCCUCAAACUCUGCAGAAGAGGAGAAAACGCUGUGUCAGCUGAUUCCUCAACAUGGAGCAGACGUGGAGGUAGAAGAGAGAGCAUGUGUGAACGCUGAAGAGAGCAAGCGGAGAAACCAGCAGCUGUGUGUCCCUGAGGUCGAGCACACCACGGCUGCUGUGUCUCCGUCAAAGGGACAUCUAGUGGACUGUGGCGUCCAGUGUUCUGAACUGACAGACAGGAAGUGUCCGUGUGAAUCACAGAGCAGCACUGAACCAAACAAGAGACCUCGUUUUAAUGAUUCAGAUGUGAAAAAGACGAACAACAAGACUGAAGGAUACAGUGUGACCGGACAGAUGUCAAAGAACCAGAGAAGAAACGCUCACUGGAGGAACAGAGGACAAGAAAACCAGAACGGCCAGUGGGAGCCCUACAACAGAUUCUGUGGUAGACCUGGACGAUCAAAAGGUGGAAAAGGAAGAACUCGGUACUGAGCACUGACCAUGUUACGCAGGAG